AUGGACGCAAGCCCGGCGAGCCCGCAGAAGACCCGAGUCCCAGGCUCCCCGCCUGCGCUGGACUUUGAAGGCCUAGGCCCAAGUGCUCCAGGUCCUCGCGCCCCCUCCCCAAUGCCUCUGCGCAUUAUGCCGUCCCCGGUGCGGGGCCGCAGAUCCUUGUCACCCCCGCGCGCCGAAGAUGGCCAGAGGGGCCGGGAGGGCUACGAUGGCAGGGACGGCCGGGAUGCGGGUCGGGACCAUGAGCGUGGCCAGCCCCAAAGCUUGAUCGAGGACAGCGUCAUGGGAUGCUCCCCUCGCACCGAGGAGUCCUUGGACUCUUUGGCCUCUUUCUUCCAGGAUGGCCACUACCAUGUGCCCUUGCGAGUGCCGGCACCUGAUGAGUCUUUGGAGGAGCCGGCCCAGCAGCAACGAGAUUGCCAUCCUGGCUGGCAUGGAGAUGGCAUGCCACAGUGCUGCCAACACGGAAUGCCUUGUAACGCAUCCUUCCCUUGCCCGGAAGCGCCUGCGGGCCCCGGCGGCCCGGCACCAAGUUCUGUGCACCCAGGUAGGUAUGCGGAGGCAGAUCCACCGGCUUACUUGAGACCCGAGCCCGCUCCGACCAGCUUAGCAGAUUCACAAGAGCUGCGCACAGGGGUGCCGCGGUUGCCACCCCCAACAGCCAGCCACAACCAUACGUCCUUGGGUCCAUCAGAGCUACCCAGCUCCCUGGGACGAUCGCUGAGCCCUCAGCCACGACACCCUGCUCCUUCAAGGGCCCCUAUCCUUGAGCCAGACAGGUCUGAGGACUCGGUUGCCACAGCUGGCCCGCUGCCCGCAGCACCGCGCCCAACGCACGAGGCGCCAGCCAUGCCAACAGCGGCGCCAGCCACCAUGCCACCGGCGGCGCCAGCCACCAUGCCACCAGCGGCGCCAGCGACAGCACCAGCCGGAGUUGCUCCGACAAGCGCGGGGCCCAUGCCAUUGGAGUUUGGCCAUAGCCAAGGCCAUAGCCAAGGCCAUAGCCAAGGCCAUAGCCAGGGCUAUGGCAGCCAAGGUCAUGGCUUCAGCCACGGUGGCCAAGUGCCGGAGCCGAGGAGCGAAGGCCGCCUUCCAGAUGUCCUUGCCGGGCAGCGAGCACCGCCCACUUGGAACUUCGGGGCUGCGCAAGGCUCGAUGCCAUACAACUUGCCUCCACGGGCGCCCAUCUAUGGCCAAGGCAUGCCACCAUUCCACCGGGACCACUCAGGAGUCGCACCGAUUCCUCCCAUGAUGGGAAUGUCUGCAUUGCUCCCUGGGCGUGGCAUGUCAAGCCAAGGCCCCAUUGCUGCACAUCCAAUGCAGGGCAUGCAGGGCAUGCAGGGCACGGCGGCGCCACAGAUGAUGGCAUCAACACAAGGGCCUUUUCGUGCGCAGGCGCCCAUGCAAGCGCAGCCGCCCAUGCAAGCGCAGCCGCCCAUGCAAGCGCAGCCGCCCAUGCAAGCGCAGCCGCCCAUGUCGCAAGGUGCAAUGCCCAUGGGCCUCGCUGCUGGACAGGGGCAGUGGCAGCAGGGGCCAUUGCAGCAGCCAUCCUUCCAGGGUCCACUGCCAGGGCCUCUUCCUGCGCAGGCGCCCAUGCAAGCGCCGGCGCCCAUGCAAGCGCCGGCGCCCAUGCAAGCGCAGGCGCCCAUGCAAACGCAGGCGCCCAUGCAAGUGCAGCCGCCCAUGUCGCAAGGUGAAAUGCCCAUGGUCCUUGCCUCUGAGCCAUCCUUCCAGGAUCCACUGCCAGGGUCUCUUCCUGCGCAGGCGCCCAUGCAAGCACAGGCGCCCGUGCAAGCGCAGCCGCCCACGCAAACGCAGCCGCCCAUGUCGCAAGGUGCAAUCCCCAUGGGCCUUGCUGCUGAGCCAUCCUUCCAGGAUCCACUGCCAGAGUCUCCUCCUGCACAGGCACCCAUGCAAGCGCAGGCGCCCAUGCAAGCGCAGCCGCCCGUGCAAGCGCAGCCGCCCACGCAAACGCAGCCGCCCAUGUCGCAAGGUGCAAUCCCCAUGGGCCUUGCUGCUGGAGAGGCACUUGCGGAUCCUGCCAAUCCGGCCUCCCCUUCAGAGUAUGUACCAACAUCGCCACCAGCAUCGAAUGUGGACAUGGCCGGCGUGGACCAACAUUCACCGCUGGUGUUGACGCCACCUCAAGUUUCAACGGCGGUGGACCAAGGGCAGCAGACCACGCCAGACAAGCCAGUGCGCAGAAAACGGCCUCAGCAGGAGCCGAUUCGUCUGCAGCGGGACGGCGAUUUCAAGCUGGUGCAGGUGGAUGUGAAUAACAUCCGGAGCCGCAAUCAUGCUCAGGGCCGGCCUCAGCGCAAGCACAUGCGUGUGCUCAAAGGCUGGAAGAAUGAGCGAGUGUUGUAUGAGCGAGUGCCAGGGUCUGCUUGUCCAUCGGUUUGUGCAGUGCUUGUGGCCCAGCCAAUUGGAAAGAACGAAGAGCCCCUCCCCUUGCAGAUGAACUUGGGCGAGGACCCUGCGCGGCAGGAGCCAGACGGCAAGUUUGGCGCCUGCAGCCCCUUCCAGAGCAAUGCUUCGGACUCGACCUUCCCAGAGGCGGCUUCCGAAGUGCCGGAGGAGAAGGCGGCCAAGAAGGCCCGAACUGCACGGCCCAAGCGAACCCCUCGGCCCCGAUUCCCUCGGGUGGACAUGGAGGAUGCCGCGGAAGCCGCCGGUGCAGCGGCCGCCGCCACACUCGCAGCCCACAGCCCUCACAGUGAGAACGGCUUCGUCCGAGUGCCCAUUGCCGCAGGCUCAACCUCCGCUUGCGAGAUCAGAGUUGGCUUGGACACGGGCAACUGGAUGAGCUGCGACAUCAAUAUCCCUCCGCGCUCCUUCAACACUCCAGAGGAGCUAGCUGCAGAUCGGUCCCUGUUCAUUUACGUGACAUUUUGCCAGAACGGGAUGUUCAAUGCAGCUGUCGAUUCAGAGAUCUUGACCCUCGCAACAGGCGACUCCAUGGUCGUCCGCCCCGGACAGGAGUAUUGCCUGAGAAAUAUCUCCGACCAUGUGGAUGCACAAUUGAAGAUGGUGCUAGUUAAUUCGGGAGAGCGCGGCAUGUAG